UCAUUAUAAAGCUACAAACCGAAACGAAAAAUUACAAAAAACAAAUUUUUAUUUUCUAGCGGGUCUCGUACAAGCCACGUACAUAUUUUGAACUACAAUGUUUUCAAAAAAUAUCAUAGUACUUGUGUGUGUUGUGUGUUUUAUAGAAAAAAGUAGUACUGCAGGUAAAGAAGAGAUAAUAGAAGAUACCAGUGAUAUAAUAGCAGACAGACCAGUAGAGGUACCAGGAGAAAGACUUGAAGAUGAUUCAGAAGAAAUGGAAGAGACAUCUGAUGAGUUAACACAACCAGUAGUGGAAUCUUCUCUGAGUAUGCUGGCAGAGGAUGAAGCUUCUUCGAGUACUGCGUUUCCAAAUCCAAAAUUGGAUAAUAUGCAAACCAAUUUGCAAUGGGAACAGAUGUUUAACAACUACGACAACGGAGAAAAAGGUUUUUUGUCUCCAGAGGAACUACAGAAACUUAUAUACGAAGAGUUCAGGGGAUUUAUCACCAUUCGCAAUUUAAAGACAUACUUACAUUUAAUUAAUUUGAAGAAAGAACGAGAAAUAAGAGUGGAACAUUUAAUAAAAAUGUCACCGAUAAUAGCUGUUGUGUCAAAAAAGAAAGAUAAUUCAGAGAGGGAAGAAAACUUCAAUACAAAUGCGCCUAUUUCGAAAACUACAUACCUAGAGAAAAUAGCGAAAAAUGCUCAACUUGGGUAUCUGUUCAAUAUUGAGGCAGAACGUUUUGAAAUAUUUAAUCUCAUUAGUCCAGAAGUAAAUUUUCCAAUUGAAGAGACUUUAUUCGUGGAAAUAGAAGAAAUGUUUGAGGCCUCGGCAGAGGCGGACGAUAUGCUCGAGUCGUUUCUUGCAAUAGAUAGGAACAAAGAUGGCGUUAUUACCCGUGAUGAGCUGUAUACGUUUUUCAAGGAGAUAGAACCAUCCACGACUAAGGCUUCUACCGACAAUAUGUUCACGCCACGAGAUUUAAACGGUGACAAUCUCAUUGAUUUCGGUGAAUAUAUGACAAUGUGCAUUGAACCCAUCUCUAUGUUACGCAUUAAACCAACAAAACUCGCGAGAAUUACUAAAGUAUUGCAAGGCCUGAAUCUUAAAAAGAAACACAUGCGUGAGAUAAAUCCUACAGGGAAACCUCUAUUAAAUUUUAAAGAUUUUACAGUACCAAGAAAAAACCCAAAUAAUAUACGAAAAUGGUUACGAAAAUAUUAAUUACAUAUGAAGAUAAUUUAAUAGAUACAUUUCAAUAGAAAUAAACAGUUGUCAAUAAUCAAUAGAUUGUUUAAUAAAUUUGUAUAACUGCUAAAGAUUUAAUAAUUAAUGUAACGCACAUGUCAUAAAAUAUAUGUUUGUAUAUUUUUCUAUUUUUCCAUGAUACACUAAUAAAUCUAUUUUGUUACCUUA